AUGCCGCUGGCAAGAUGCUCCCCAGCCAAUUUCCAAGAGAGCUUACAAGUAUCGAAGUUUAUGGCCUUGGCUGGGCACACGAUGCUUAUGCUGCUCUCCAUCGGUCUUCUCGGUUUCGCCAUUCAAGUCCUCGUCGAAUACGGAUAUUCGUCACCAAUCUCCGGGACGAAUAGUUUGAAUUAUUCGGCCGGCCUGGCGUUGCUGGUCGGAAUUUUGUCAUUUGCCUCGGCGCCAUUGGGUUUUUACGCGACGAUUAUACACGAUGCAAAUCUACUGAAAGCCCACAUGAUGAUUGUCUGUGUGCUGUCGAUGUUUUGCAUAGCCAGUCUGGGGCUUGGAUAUGUAAUGCAAAACGAUAUACUCUCUGGCUACGUGAAAACCUGGGCCAACGAGAGCUUGCAAAGCGAGUACGGGCACCCGGAUAACAAGCAGGCGACGGAAGCUUGGGACUCGAUGCAAAGACAGUUGGCUUGCUGCGGUAUGUCAGAAGAAGGGCCCAAGGACUAUCGAUCGUCCGCUUGGCUACUCUCUCAAAUCGAAUACCCUCGAAGAUUAGUACCAGAGAGUUGCUGUCCGACCUGUGGAACAAUUCAUGAAAAGUUCUGCUACCAAUUCCUGCUCGACAAAGUCUCGGUCGAAAAUGCUACGCUUCUUGAGAAAGUCUGUAUUUUAGCUGCCCAAAAAUGUGACCGGUCCUCAGAGAUAUUUCCGGAUCCGGAAGUGUGCACCGGGCGAAGAGCGCUGCCCGGCAUGGUCCCGGCCGACGCCUACCGACAUCAACUGGGCUGCUACGAACUAUUCGAACACGAUCUCCUCGCCCACGCUCAGCGGCUAUCUAUUUUUGCCACCAUUUUCGCAAUUAUCCUUAUCAUCAAUUUUACUCUGACUUUCCGGCCUCGA